AUGGUGGUGCUAUCAGCUGCCAUCGUGAAGAAGGAUAAGACAUUGGUAGCGCGGCAAUUUGUGGAGAUGACCCGGCUCCGGAUCGAGGCAGCACACCUUGUUCGGGAUUUUGGGCUGGUUCGUGUGCAGUCUCUCCCCGGUGAGGGCUUGCUGGGUGCUUUCACCAAGCUGGUCGACAGCGGCAAGGACCACACCUUCGUCCGGGGCCCCUGGUCAGUCCGCUACGUAUACCAACCCAUGGAGGCUCUCAACCUCGUCGUCAUCACAAACAAGGCCAGCAACAUCCUGGAGGACUUGGAAACUCUGCGGCUGCUGGCCAAGGUGGUGCAGGACUGCUGCGAGAUCCAGGUCUCUGAGGAGAACGUGCUGAAACACGCAUUUGACAUUGUCUUCGCUUUCGACGAGGUCAUCUCCUUCGGCUACCGCGAAAGCGUUACGCUGUCCCAGAUUAAGACCUACACGGAGAUGGACAGUCACGAGGAGAGGCUGCACAUGAUGGUGGAACAGAGCAAGAUAAACGAGGCCAGAGAAAUGGCCAAGAAGAAGCAGAUGGAGCUUGCUAGGCUCUCGUUUGCUGCGCACCUUCUCGUUGCCAAGCAGCGUGCUCUCCAGCCCAAGGAUGCUGCAGGGCCCGGUUUCGGCAGCCGGGGAGGCAGCUCCUUCCAGGACACGAUGCCAUCGAUGGGAGGUGCCUCCUUCGGCAAUGACAGCACAGCGCCUUGGUCGAGUUCCAUGGUCGAGGACUCCGGGCCUGCGCCGCUCAAGCCCGGGGCACCAAAGAAGGGCAUGGCGCUGGGGAAGAAGAAGAACGCAGACGUGCUUGGCAGCAUGGGCAUUCCCGAGCCAACGCCAUCCGUAGAGGCGGUGGCUGAAGAGCCUGCAGCCGCUCCGGCAUACAAUCCUUUGAUGGAUCCCGUUAGAGUGGACAUCGAGGAGAAGAUAACGGCGGACCUGCAAGUGGAGGGCGGGUUGGAGGGCGAAGCCGUUUGCACUGGCCAGUUCCAGGUGACGGUGCUUGAUGCCUCGAAGGCUGACCUCGCUGCCUUCAGGUUGGCACCGCAGAACCAGGAGUUCAGGUACAAGAUUCAUCCGAACCUGAACAAGACGUCGCAUGCGAACAACGUCCUCGAGGUUCGCGAGGCCUCACGCGCAUACCGGGCGAACGCGCCGGUUCCGCUGGUGAAGUGGCAGUCGGGGGCUCAGCUUGCAGACGACCAGAAUCAGACAGCUGAACCGCAGAGUUGGCCGGGCUUUUAG